AUGGACGCGUCGCGCGCGCGUCGACCCCGGCGCGGCGCGCGCGUGGGCGAACGAGGGAACGAUCGACGACGAAUGAUGAUUCGCAUCGGAUGCGUCGCGCUGGCGACGCUGGCGACGACGGCGCGCGCGGUGACGCACGCGCGCGUGGGCGCGGUGACGUCGGUGAGCGUGACGUGCGCGGACGGGUCGAGGGCGACGACGUUCGAGUUUGAGCAGACGGAGGGGCCGACGACGGCGACGUGCGCGUUCGUCCCGAGCGCCGCGGCGCGCGCGGCGGAGCGGACGGAUGCGAACGCGACGGAGAAGUGGGCGGCGUACGAGGAGCGGCGGGAUAACGCGGAGAUAUUUGUGGCGAAUUUAAGAGGGAUCGAUGAUGAAAAGGUGGAGGAGGCGUUGGGGUUGAACGCGAGCGCGUACGCGGCGUACGAGGAGGCGACGGCGCUGAACGCGAGCGCGUACGCGGCGUUGGAGACGGCGUUGGAGACGGCGGAGAGCGCGACGGCGGUGCUAGUGUCGCAAACGAGUGGGUCGGUGCGGACGUAUUCGUGCGCUGUGCCGCCGGGUGAUGGGGGAUUGUUUGCCGUCGUCGCGCGCUCGAGCGAGUCGGCGGGCUUCGUGGACGUCACGAAGCCGGAUAGCACGAAGACGAUUCGGCGGACAAAGCUAGAGGAGUAUUGGCCGAAAUCAGGGCCGGCGACCGGUGGAACGAUCGUUCACUUUCGCGGACGAGGAUUCGGCGAUGUUGCGAGUGGGGGCAUGAAUUGCUCCAUACCAAACGGUAACUCUGAGCUGGUAACGGCGGCGCAGUUACGUUCGGACGGCACGGUGACGUGCGAGACGUCGUCGCAGUCAGGCGUUGUGGACAUUAAGCUCGUAUACCCGGAUUCGUGCUUCGAGACGGCACAGUUUCUGUACUAUCAGAAUCCCGAGCCACUAUUGGUGCUGCCGCGAAACGUGCCUCGUUUCGGCAGCAGCAACUUCAGCGUCUACGCGUCGAACAUAUUUUUCGCUCAGGAGUACGGUCCGGGUGGAAACGACGCGACACACGCGGGUAAAGUUAAUGUGACGUGCGCGAUUGGCAUGGGAACGUCGUCGAACGAAACCGCGAGCGCCGUCGCGGUGUUUCCGGGAGAGGCGGAGGCUGAUACUCAAAAGAUUACGUGUAUGAUUCCAGACAUGACGGUACCGAACGGCACGCACGACGUGCGUGUAUCGUUCAACGGCCAGCAAUAUAUGCUCCCAGCCCUGCUCGCGACGAAACCGAGCUCGGUGUCCAUCACGACGCAAGGGCCGACUUUGCGAACGAAGCAUUAUUUCUCAGAGACUCAAAACGGAAACGAACAGGCGCGCCUCAUCAAGGUCCCGGUGGAACUCGUGGGUGAAAACAAACGCUUGGUGAGCGUUGAUGUGAACGUAACGUACGGUGGGAUUUCCGCCAGACCUGGAUCGAGCGGCGAUUCUCUGCUGAUCCAAAUUCAACACGACGACGCGAGAGACGACGAGACGAGCGUGAGCGGUGAUUACGAUUUCAUGAUUUACCCUCGGACUUUGCACUGGGUACCGGGAGAUAAUGCCGAGACACACGUGUACGUCAAGAUUAUCAACGAUAACGUUCACGAGAGCGCGCUUGAGGCGCUCACAAUCACUCUCGUGAACGCCGUGAACGCCGACAUCGAAACGGAUGUCAAGAGCAGGUCCGCAGUCGUGAACAUUGCAGACGACGACGACGCGCCGUUGUUUGCGGUGCGACCGCGAAACGUAGUGCGUCCACCCAAAUACCGCGACAGUCAGAUCGUUGCGAAGAUCCCCGUGCACCAGGUAGGUGGUGGUCGCUUCGCACUGCCUGCCGUUGUGGAUUACGCCAUCGUGACCAGCGGUGGUCCGUUCGCCGCAGUCGCUGGAUCGCAUUACGUCGACGCCACGGGUCGGCUGACGUGGAAUCCGGAGGAUUAUAACAAAACAAAGUACGCUGAGGUCGAACUUAAGUGGGCCAAUAUCCCACCCGAGGCGAGUUUGAGACUUCACGUCAACCUCACGGCUGUGAGCGACGCGCGAGUGGAGCACAUUCCGAGUGGUUUCAACGAAAGCGAAGAAGCUGCGCUAUUCAUCUUUGGUGUGCACGAGGGAUCUUGCCCGCCGGGAACACGACGGAACGACGCAAGCACGUACAAGGCACCGCCCCCCUUGGCACCGCGACCGAAUCCACCUCCACCUUCUCCGCCGCCUCCCGCGGCUAGCAUUGACUCCGCCAUUCUGGGAUUGUCUAUCGUUGCGAACACAACGGCAUCGGUUUCGAGUGUGUUCCCGUCGAUUCCACCGGGGAUCAAGCUUGAACCGCCGUUCGCCCCGACGGUGUACGCGUACACUGCGACGGUACCAGCGCAGGUGGCCGGCGUUCAGGUGUUCUACCAGCUUCGACAAUCGACGGGUUCGGUAUCCGCCCGUCGCUUACUCGCUCCGAGUUUGGUGUCGAUGAGGUAUUUUGCCUUAUCCACUGGAUCAAACUUGAUUCGUUUGGUGUCGAACUCACCGAAUGGUCAAGCAACCGACACGUACAGAUUCACUAUCACACGAGAAACUCUGAAAACUCCACCUCCAUCGCCGCCACCGUCGCCGCCGUCGCCGCCACCACCACCAAGCCCACCUCCGUGGAGUAAACCGCCGCCGCCACCACCUGAAGGACAUCUUACGGCGCCGCCAGCGCCACCUGCACCGCCUGCGCCGAUACCGCGUCCCGACGAGCCGAAGGACUACAGCGCGUGUGAGUACUGCCUUGCUGGGACUUUCGCGGACGUCGAAAAUUCCAUGACUUGCGCUCCGUGCGCUCCUGGUACCGCGACUGCAACGGCAAUAUCUAAAUCGUGCGAUUUAUGUCCUAUUGGCACGUACAGUCCGAACAAUGGGGCAACGCAUUGUCGAGAUUGUCCUGAAGAUACAUAUGCGGACACGACUGGAUCCCUUCUGUGCGCACAGUGUCCGGCUGAUCGAACCACUGCAGCGGGCAAGGCGUCGAAUUGCACCGUGCCGAUCGUCCAAGUGAUGCGGAACCAUCCAGAUGUAUACUACGUCGACGUAUACUUCGGUAUCUCGUUUUAUCAAGCGGGAGGAUCGCUGAGUAAUUUCGCACAAAACGUCGGCAUCAACGCCGAAGCCGAGGACGCGUUUGUACGCGCAGUGUCCAUCGAUAUUGCCAACAAGUUCAACGUCACGCGCGGUGCGAUCACGGUCAGUGCAAGUUCUCCAGGGUCGAGCGCGACUCUAAGCGGGAGACGACUGCUGCAGAACCAAGUGUCCAUUCCGUGUUCUACGGCUGAGAAUUGUGUACGCGCCAUUGCUGCCAAAGUGACGAUGCAAGCGACAGACGUACUAAGACUUGGCGUUUCAAGAGAUUACGCGACCACGACUUCUUUGAUCGAAGCGAGCCAAGCAAAAGCGAAGGGCAUCGUGGAGUCGAUGAUAGCUAACCCCGUGUCGUUCUUCGCCCUGACAUUGAGUGGGUUUGGAAACGGUGUGACCAUGAAUGUGUACGCAAACGCUCAGACAUCUGUUUACGUCGAGAAGAAACCCACGCUGCCUCGGACAACGAAGAACGUGUUUGGUAGCACCAACGUGGCACUCAUUAUGGUCGUUUCGUUGAUUGGGAUCAUGCUGUGCGUUGUCGGUCGUAUCUGGUACUCCCGCGUUGCGGCGAAACGCACACUCUAUCGUAUCGAGCAAGAGUUACUCGCAGCCGAACAGAGCCAAGCUGUCGGUAAAAUCGUGUCAUCCACCAAAAUGAACCGAACGUCAGGCGUGCAGAAGAUGGCACAGAAGUCCCGUUCGCUUAAGAAAGCUGAGCCGAAGCAGCGUAAAGAUGGCACCGCGGUGCCGAAGAGGACUAUUCAGAUGCGCGAACAGAGUCAAAUCACGCUCGCAAACAUGGCGAGAUUUAAGGAGAAGCGUCAGGAGUCAUCCAUUGAGUCAAUGUGGGCAGCUCGAGGGGAAAGGCGCACCUUUCUUUAA